AUGGAGAGCAUAGCCUGUGACAGUGUAUCUGCCUCUCUCUCUCCUCUGUGUGGUUUGGCGGCGGCGGGUGUCCAGACCUUCGGAAGCAGCUCGGCUGUGGAAGCGAUGAGGAAGAGCCUCUCUCCUUCCCCCAGCGACUCCCUGACACCAGCCAGGGUUUUUGGGGUUCCCCUAGAUGAGGUGCAGCAGAGAGGCCAGCCAGGCCAGGAGGUCCCCCUACUGGUCAGGCACAUCGUAGAGUACAUCGAGGAGCACGGUGAGUGGCACGCUCUAACUACAGAGGUAUCCCUUAGGCAACAAACGGGAGCCACUACCUUGUCCAAUAACUUAUUUAGUGUUUGUGCUUAUCUACCGAGCGCGACACAGGAGAGCUUCAUGAAUGGGACCUAAAAAAUACAUGCUCUCUCUCUGGCAAAUGAUUCACAUUUACCUUAGAGUACAUUUUUAUGUGCACAUUAAAUCCCAUUAUUCUUCCACUUUGUCUUGUUUUAUGUCGUUAUGGCUUGUGUUGACAACUCCCCCAGGUACUUUAGAUGUAGAUUUACCUGUCAUAAUUUCAGCUUCUUUUAUGAAUCCCCACUGGAGACGCCUACUUGUUUUACAUCAAAGCAGAGAUUAUAUAUAUAUAUAUGAGAGAGAGAGAGAUGAAAUUAUAGUGUGCAUUAUUAUUAUUUGUAAAAAAUCUGUUCAUGUUCCAUGUAGCCUAGCCCAGGGGUGUGCAAACCACGGCCCAUGGCCAUAAACAUAUUGUCUUUGGGUUGGGGGAGAUGAUUGUUUUUGGUACAUGUAUAAAAAAGAAACUCCAGGCCACAAUGGAAUGUCUAAAACUAGAUAGAAAGUAUGUAGAAAUGGUAAUAGCCCUAUAUUUUCAAAUAAGUCAGAAACACAGAAAUUUGAAAUCCCGAUGUUGCCCUUGAGACAAAGUUUGCCCACCCUGGCCUAGCCGAACAAGUGAGCGUGGCUUAAGACGAUCAGAAAAGAACAGUUGCAGUCAACCAAGACUUCUUCUUGCAUCACGAUAAACCAAAUAUGUUGUUUGGAGAGAUCCUCUCUUUGAUAAGCUGAACUCUAAAUGCACUGCGAUCAAAAAGAUGAGCUUCCUCCGUUGUGUAACAUUUUAGACUCCUUCCCCCCCCCCACACACACACACACCUCCUUUCAUUCCCCUGCAGCCAUAUUAAAUUAAUGAUAAUUCUGCAGUCCAGAAGUUAAUCAGGCAUUGAAAAUACUUUCAUCUGUCUGUUUGCACUCAGAACGGGAUGCCAUAAUUGUGACUUAAUGAGACCUCUGUAAGCUGCAGUAGGGGCCCAGGCCAGUGGGGUUAGGGUGGGAAGGGCCAAGGCGCAUUCCAGUGCAUUCUGCCUUACAUUUACCGCCCACCCACUGUUUUCCUUAACCAGGCAGCUCACCUAGUUGCAGAUCUCCUCAUUCUCUGUGGUGGAACAAACCUGAGCUUCAAUAGUGGGAAUUAAUUAAACAGACAUCUAGGAGGCUAUCUGGCCGCUGCAUCUGGAAACAGGAAACCACUAGCACAACCAACCAACACACAUUGAAUGGGAAAGAUGUGGUAAAGAAGUCAGUGGAAUGCACACAUUCAAGAAAUCUGAUUUAAGAAAGUGGAUAUUCCUCAUCCGUCAUGAUUUAUGUUUUGUAACAGGCCCACAAUGUGGUUACUUGGGUCCGAUUUUGAUAUAUUUGGCUGUUUUAGCUGCACAACAUUUAUAAGUCGUCCCUUUUCAGGAUUAGAAGAAGUGACUGCUAAAUGCUAACUCCCGUUCGUAUCAGCUGGUUAUCAUAGCUAGCAUACAGAAAUAGGUGGUGGUAGUCAGUAGUUUUCUAACUGUAAUACAGUUGAUUUGGUGAUGAUGACAUGAACAUGUGUUGGGGUUGACAUCCAUACAAGCAUUAUACUCAGAUUUUUCCCUCAACAUAGUGUGAAAUACACAUAUAAACAAUAGGCUAAAUGUGGGCAAAUUUUGCUGAGGGGCAAUGAGGAGACUCGGGAUCUUUCCCACCUUGGCCCUUUUCCCCCACGCGUUUCCAUGGCAAUUCCAUUGCGUUGGUCACGUUCGAUUGACCUCUUUACCGCAUCUAUUGUGGGUAAAACAACAUUCUUUCCUCCCUUACAUUAAUAUGCCCUGUGAUUGAGCUUAGUACAGCUGCACAAAUUGUAGUACAACUGAACAAAUCUGGGAAAUGGGCAAAUUUGACCCAUUUGAGAAAAUAGGCUUUCAACUUAAGUUUAUUCAUGUAACAAAAUCAGUGUGGAAUCUGUUUGAGAAAUUAAUGCAGCCAUUCUACUCAAAGUAAAAGCUGUAUUCAGUCCUCCUGGAUAUGCUCACAGAGAGGAGUCAUUCAUCUAUAACUGUUGAGCAGACAGAGCAAAUGAUUGACUGCUAUCCUCUGUGUCUCUGUGUUGCUCUCAGGGCGUCUGGAUUUGGAGGGGCUGUUCCUAGUCAACGGUAACGCGGAGCGGGUGGAAUGGCUACGGCAGCGCUAUGACUCUGGGGAGGAGGUGGACCUGGAGAAGGAGGCUGAUCUGGCCUCUGCCGUCAGCCUGCUGCGUCUCUUCCUGCAGGAGCUCCCAGAGCCCAUCAUCCCUGCAGGCAUGCAGUCCCACAUCCUGCAGCUCUACCAAGGUACGCUCAUCUUAGUCAUCCUCAUUGUUAUUCUCCUCCUCUUCAUCAUCCUCCUCUGUUUCUGUCUAUCUGACCUGUACUCCCAAUACAGGCGCUGCACAUUAUUCCUUCUCUCUUCGCCGUCUUUUUCCACUCAUCUGACUCUCUUACUACUUUCCCCUUGGCAGCAUCAAUCUCUAAUGCCCUGUUGUGUGUUGUCCAGACUACAGCAGCGAGGAAGAGCUCGCCCGCAACAUGAAGUACUUCCUCCAGCAGCUGCCUCAGGUUAACUACAGCCUGCUGCGCUUCCUGUGCCGCUUCCUGUCCAGCGUGGCCUCGCUCCAGGAGGAAAGCUGGAGCGUCGGCGCCCUCGCCGCCGUUUUCGGACCGGACAUCUUCCAGUAAGGCCAACAACAACACAGCACCUCGCCUAUCCAUACCCCCACAGGCCUUUAGUACUUGUACUUGGCGUUCAAUUUUCUACUUGUACAUACAUGCAUAAUGGCAAUCUCACAUUGCUGGCAGUCUCACAGGAGGUUGUGCUUAUAGAACAGAAAUUAUAUUUGGUAACAUGUUCAUUUAUGUCAUUAAAUAAAUAACACACCCAGGUGAUCACGCUUAGACAUGUUUGCAGCCACGUGAGGAGUUGCUUUGCGUUGCAUAAUAAUAAGAGAAUCUUCUAGACUAGAGAUCGUUUGUGGCCAAUGCUCUGAAAACAGGCGUGUUCUAUUGACUUAAGGGAGAGAACAGCUGUUCUGUCUAAUUAUGUGAAAUGAAUAUUUGAUCUUUGUGUACUUACUAGAACCAGUUCUUAGUCAUCUGAUGUGGAGUCCGAUUACUCAAAUUAAAGUCAAACUUAAUGAUGCAGUGAGUGACUUUAUUAUUGUAAGGUGGGAUGGUAGUGAUAAAAGCUGAUCUAAGGUCGUUUCUUGUCUGUGUAUUGUAGUUCCGACACAGAUGUGUGUUUAUGAUAACAGCUGAUCUGAGGUCAUAUCUUCUGUAACUCUAGUUUAGACACGGACGUGGAGGACCUGAAGGAGCAGGAGUCGGUGAGCCGCAUCCUGGCGGAGCUGCUGGAGAAUCAGGAGGAGUUCUUUGACUCGGAGGACGAUGACGUUUCCACCACCGACUACAGCUCCAUCAACGAACAGGUAAGGACACUCCUAUUCUCCCCACUAGAGAUGUUCUAUUCUGGGCCAUUGUCUUGCGUCAGAGUGCGUUGAAUCUGCCUGCACUGAUCAAUCUUGUAUCUCGCAAAGAGUAAUGGGAUAGAUCAGAAGUAGUUUGGCCACAACGUGUUGUCAUAGCAUUUGAAAAAUAUUACCUAGGUUACAUCGUCUGCCGAACCCCAUUUCUGCCUCUAAACAGUCUGAAUUCAACUAAGCUAAAACAAUAAAUCUGUCAAUGGUUUUUUUUGUUGGUGAAGAAAUCUUAGUCGCACCAUUUUACAUCUAGCAAAGGAGUUUUAUACUUCAACAAGCAGUAUUUCUGAAGAUUUACAAUGUGCACGAAAGCUAGCUUAAAUUUGUCAAACAUAAACUUGCUAGCUGAGCCAGUCACAUUUCAUAUAAAACAAAUGGGAUGCUGCUAACCAACCAGCUACCUUGUGCUGCAAACACAAUGCUGAAUGCUUCCACCAAAGGCUAACUAGCUAGCUACUGUAUUAGCCUCCCGAAUCAGCUGCUGCUGCACUCUGCUGACCCAAUGUUACAAUGUAGCGAUCGCGGAGAAACAUGAUGAUGAUCUAAGAACUGAUUUCUGAUAACAUUCAUUCCCUCUUUUGGGGCAGCAUGUCUACAAUAGGUUGAGUGGCAGGAACCUGGUUACCGAGAUUUACCGCCCAAAACCACUCACUUUUCCCAGGAUAAAUAACUGCUAGAAACCAGUAAAUUAUAAUAAAUUAUUUAUAUAAACAGCAUGGCGGGAAAUGGAACUGUUAAAUUAUAUGCAAUGUCUAAAUCUGGCUUCUCUACGGCCUCUGCAUGAUGAAUCAACACUCAGGGUGGGGACAGACAGCCCAUCUCAGUAUGGAGCACAGUUCAUAAUGCAUGUAGACCUACUGUAUCUCAUGGUCACUUUUUUUCUUGUGACAGGGAGGCCUGCAUUUGCUGCAGCAUAGUCCUAUGCUACAGUAAUAUACAGACAGAAACCGCGUCUAAUUUACUCAUCUCCAUCUGGCUUUAGGGGGUCACCUUGUUUUAUAAUUGUAAAGAUGUUGUUUAUUUAUUGCAGCUGCAGUUUUAAAACAGCCUAUCACUCGAAUAUCGUUGCUUUAAAUCAGUGCAUGCGCGAGCACUCUCUGUUUUUGUCUCUUUCCAUCAACUCCAUUCAAAUUGCAUCCAAACUAGAUAAUCCUGUUCUAGAAUGAUAUAUAGCCCUAUAUAUAGAUGUCCUAGCCUACCUCUUUCAGGUAAUAAAUUCAAUGCAGUGUUAGCCUUAUAUUUAGCUAAUUAAUGAUGGGUUAUGCAUAAUAAGCUUCUAACUUAUAGCCUCUGUCUCUUGUGCAGUACGCACCUGUGCUCCGCUGGCCUCUCUCCUUAAACACUCCUUAGCGCAUGGAGUACCAUGCAGAAAAAGCUAGACUAGAAUAGCUUGCUGGACAUAAUUUUUUUUAGCAUUUCUGAUACCAACAGACUAUUCGAAGAGGGACGCAAGCUCUUGUUUACUAAAUGUUAAAUACAGCAGCCAAUAGAACUUACAGGUAGUUUGAAAGAAGAGCGAACAUGCGAUGGCGGUAGGCUAUAGCAGUUAUUUAUUCAGACCAUAACCAUUCAAUCUUCGUGAAGAGAAGUGAAAGCCUUCUGAAUCUAAUUCUAGUCCUAUAUUAUGCAAGGAUGUCAUUAGAAUUAUGAAAAUUAGGACAACUAAAAUUAUUUCAUUUAACUGUUGAAAGCGAGGAAGGAAUGAAGCAGCAAUGGAGAAAAAGAGGAGGUAGGCCAAUAACAUUAGGGGGGAAAUUAAGUCGCUUUGGAUAAAAGCGUCUGCUAAAUGGCUUAUUAUUAUUAUUAUUAUUAUUAUUAUUAUGAAAGGUAUAUAUGCGUCAGCCUACUAAUUAUACAAAUAGGCCCUAUUAUAUUUCAAAAUCAAAUUCGCUAGCCUAUACAUUUAACUUUGUAACUCUGCAACAGAAUUGCAUGUUUCCUCCCUGCUUUAUCAUGUGUGUAAUUCCAGUCCAUAUAAUACAAUACAGUAAUAUAGUUCACACUCAAAGAUUAGCCUACUGGAGCUAGUUUAAUUUAUUUACCCAAGAGAGCAUUCGGAAAGUAUUCAGACCCCUUCCCUUUUUCCACAUUUUAUUCUGAAAUGGGUUAAAUACAUUUUUGCCCUCAUCAAUCUACACACAAUAUCCCAUAAUGACAAACUGAAAACAGGUUUAUAGAAAUGUUUGCUAAUUUAUAAAAAAUUAAUUAUUUACAAAAGUAUUCAGACCCUUUGCUAUGAGACUCGAAAUUGAGCUCAGGUGCAUCCUGUUUCCAUUGAUCAUCCUUGAUGUUUCUACAACUUGAAAUUUAAGUUGAUUGGACAUGUUUUGGAAAGGCACACACCUGUCUAUAUAAGGUCCCACGAGCACAAAGGAAUUGUCUGUAGAGCCCCGAGACAGGAUUGUGUCGAGGCACCGAUCUGGGGAAGGGUACCAAAAAAUGUCUGCAACAUUGAAGGUCCCCAAGAACACAGUGGCCUCCAUCAUUCUUAAAUGGAAGAAGUUUGGAACCUCCAAGACUCUUCCUAGAGCUGGCCACCUGGCCAAACUGAGCAAUCGGGGGAGAAGGGCCUUGGUCAGGGAGGUGACCAAGAACCCGAUGGACAGAGCUCCAGAGUUCCUCUGUGGAGAUUGGAGAACCUUCCAGAAGGACAACCAUCUCUGCAGCACUCCACCAGACGGAUGUCACUCCUCAGUUAAAGGGACAUGACAGCCUGCUUGGAGUUUGCCAAAAGGCACUUAAAGGACUCUCAGACCAUGAGAAACAAGAUUCUCUGGUCUGAUGAAACCAAGAUUGAGCUCUUUGGCCUGAAUGCCAAGCGUCACGUCUGGAGGAAACCUGGCACCAUCCCUACGGUGAAGCAUUGUUGGGGCAGCAUCAUGCUGUAGGGAUGUUUUUCAGCAGCAGGGACUGGGAGACGAGUCAGGAUCGAGGGUAAGAUGAACAGAGCAAAGUACAGAGAGAUCCUUGAUGAGCUCCAGAGCGCUCAGGACCUCAGACUGGGUGCUUCAACAAAGUACUGAGUAAAGGGUCUGAAUACUUAUGUAAAUGUGAUAUUUCCGUUUUUUAUUUUUAUAUAAAUUAGUAAACAUUUCUAAAAACCAGUUGUUGCUUUGUCAUUAUGGGGUACUGUGUGUAGAUUGAUAAGGGGGGGAAAAAAGAAUGUAAUCCAUUUAAAAAUAAGUCAAGGGGUCUGAAUACUUCCCGAAUACACUGUACAACCUCACUCACCCUGCUGCAUGGGUUAAAGGCUGAAUGCUUGGAGGUAGGGAGCCCGUAUGUCAAGGUAUAAUGGUAUUUGGUUGUUAUUACCUAACGUAAUAAUUAGGUAACUCCCUUCCGCCAUUCAUUUGUUGAGCUGAAAACAUGUUGUGUUGUAUUUCUGUAAUGAGGAAGUAGAGGGUUUUAACAUUAUUCCAGCCACUCUCAGUCUGGCACUGCCAUGAAAAAACUAGAGAUUAAGAAAUGGAGAUUAUGGAAUUGUGUUGUUUAUUCAAGGCAGUCAAAUGUUGAGGAUUGUUUUUCCUCCCCAAGCCAAAGACAACUGUUGAGAGAAUGCCUUUUUAUAAUAGCCUUCUACUCCCCAUGGAGACGCCUAGAGGUGUGUCAGUAGCAAGUGUUCUCAGUCAUGGUCCUGAGCCUGAGAAAUGGCUUCUGAGUUAUGACUGCCUGGCUGCCUUUAUAAAGUAUCAAUUGUUGCUCCAGAAGUUCCCAGCAUUUAGUGGGAUAAUGGGUGUUCAUGAGCUCCUCUCAGCCAUGUCUCCCUGACACACACACACACACAGCAGUCUUCAGAUCAGCGUUAGGUAGAUGUGCUGCUGCACCCUCUCAAAUCUGGACCUAAUCCUCGGUGGCGGCCUCAUAUUUGCGUUCCAAAGGCAGGCACUCUCUUACACAGGAAACUGACAAUGAUAAGCCACAAAUUCCUUCCAUAUGACUAUUUUCUCCCUCUGUAUUGUGACCGAAUAGCUCAGGGAAAGGCUGUUCAGAAAUGGCCCUCUGUUCUGAAAGAAGAAAAAUGUGUAACCGCUGUGCUUGCGUAACCAUGGUGAUGUAACUGUGGAUCAGACACCUGCGGCCAUCUCCGGGGACGUCUGGGUUUCCUGACGGACUGACUAUCCAGGCCAGGCUAAGUCACCCUCACACCGCAGCCAGCAGUGCUUAUUCCAUCCUGCCUGGCCAGAGACCAUAGGGCGGAGUGGGAAGUGCUUCCUUGCCUUUUAGUUUCACUGCAUUUCAUCAGGAGUAGUAGUAGUCUAGAGCCUUGAGGCAGGACUGGGCUAGUCAUAACUGGGAGGGACUGAGCUGUGUUGUUCCUAGGAAAAGUCAUCCUGCUGCACAGUGACGGUCUCAUCUGAAUAAGGCAGGGUCAUCCUAUUCUGAGGAAGGCUGCUGCUGCUGCAGCUUUGCAGGGUCGAGGAGGUUCAGUGUUGUGCUGCUGUGGAGUAGGAGAGGAACGCUUGUAGGUAGGCAGCUAAUUGAAAAAGGAAGCAGGAACCCAGUUGGAGUUGAGCCAGGGUAGCGGAGGAGCACUUGACAGCUCACAAGGGUCCCUGGUAAUUAAUCCAGGCAUAAAUCUCAGGUUCCCUGCCGGCCUCUCUCCUCUCAGCUUCUCCCAAUUCUGCUGCUGGAAUGGCUGGUUGAGAUGGGGACAUUACCAUCACCCAUCGUCUCCCUCCAGGCCUGUUCUACAUAAGAUACCUUUCUCUGGCCAAUUGAUGAAGCUGCUCUACUUUAGCCUGGGAUAGGGCAUUUUUUUUACAGGCAAGGCAUAUGGCACCUGUGGGGGCCCUAUAAAAUCUGUGUUGCGGACGGAAUCACGGAAUCCAGAAAUUAAAACGGAAUUCAACAAUAUUAAAAAAUGUGAACUUAUUAGGAAAUCAACUAAAUGUAUUGAACUUAUUAGAAAAAUCAUGAAUUUGCCAAAGUUAAUCAUAAGACAUUAACAAAAUGAUUCAUAUUUUCCUGUAACUUUCUGAAACGGCACAGGAAUGCCCCACUUUGUGUAGCCGUUAGCGAUGAUGCUAUUGAUAACGUCCUUCUGGUAUAGUUGGAAAGACUUUUCAAAUAAAUGUUAACUUAAAAGUAGCCUAUGCCUGGCAGAAUGAUAUCAUGAUAAUUUGCAAAACAAUUGGCCGCUGGAUUGAUGCAAACUCUGCAAUUAAAGCUAAAGAAACAUUGCUAACCAAACAAUAGUCUUAUGCUGGUGCACACUUGCAUUAAAGGUUAACUACAACCAAAAAUCUAAAUGUCUUAUUUUUCCCAGACCUCAAAGGUGGUCUCCUGAUGUGGUUUACGCAUUGUUGUGGACUUAGAACAUCCACUUUUGUUUUUCUAUUUAAAAAAAGGUGUGAUUUUGAGAGAGAACCUUAAAAGAGAAGUGAAAAACGGAAACCUUGAAAAACUAAAUGGAGAAAAAAGAUCAGGCAACAAAUAACUGAUUUUAUAGGGCUCUACAGUAUGCAUGCAUCCAGAAAGUCACCGCCUGCGGCUGCUUUUCCCCCAGUGGUAGUAGGCUAUUUUGGAACCGCAUACCUACUACUCUUGCAAGAGUGAAACCAAAGGCAGGGGAAUUUGAGUGAAUAUUAUGCUGUCAUCUAUUCAAUUGUUUAUUUUAUUUGCUAAUGCUCCACCUCCAGUAAGACUAGCUGUCGCCAUUGGGGUCGGCUAAUGGGGAUCCUAAUAAAUCAAGUCAAACCCAGUCAUACCUUGCCAUGUCUGACACCUUUUUAAUUUGCGCCUUUUUGAAGUGCUAAAUAGCAAAGGAGAGGAAUGUUUUAGUUAAGACUUAAGAUGCUAAUCUCUUGCUCAGACCUGAUGGCUGCACUCCUCCUCCACAUCCUUAUGGGGCUCUCUCUCUCUCGCCUAUGGCCCUUAGCACUUCCAGAGCUGUGAUGGCAUCAUCAGUCUUAAUUGUCCUAGAUUAAUUAGCCCAUGUUAGCUAACUUUUUUUUAUUUCAAUUAUUUUGCCCAUAGAUAUUGUUGUAAUCAAAUAUUACAGGAAUACACAUUAGACAUGGCAAAAUGUUUAGAAUUGCAAGAAGAUUAGCUUUAAAACUGCAAAAUUAUUGUUGCACCCCAUGAUGAAAUGUGUAGAAUUGCAGAAGAUAAUCUUUAAACCUGCAAAAUUCUUUCCACCAACAAGAGGGUUGUGAACAGUUUGUCAUGAACAGUGCCAUAGAAAUAGACAUGGCGUGUACGCGCGGAAUGUUCCCCAAUGCUGGAAGGGGGGCCCUGAGUGAAAACGUUUGUGAACCCCUGCUCUAGCCCUAGCCAGUCCUGUCCUGAAGCAGGCUACACACACACACGCACGCACGCACACACACAGGCCAAGGUUAUGCCCUUUUGUUCCUCACAUUCUUGUCUCUGCCCGCUGGUCCUUAGUGAGCUGGCAGACUUGCUCGGGCUGAGCGGUUUACUCACAGAGCCCUCUUUCUGAAACAUUUAAUCCUUUAGCCACCCUCAGUGCGGUCGGUACAACCAUAUGCAUCCGGUUUUCAGGGUAAAUAGAAAGAGUCUGUGAUACGACUUUUUUUUUUUUGGACGGUAAGAAGGCGGUACUCCAUCUUCUCCACAUUUACUGGAUUAGUUGAACAGUGCAGAAGAGAACCUCCCCCCAAAUUUUUUUUUUCUCUAGACCUAAAAACCGUUAAGAAAUAAAUGUGCCCAAACAUCUGAAUUGGGUUGAGGUCAGGUGACUGUGGAGGCCAGGUCAUCUGAUGCAGCACUCCAUCACUCUCCUUGGUCAAAUAGCCCUUAUACAGCCUGGAGGUGUGUUUUGGGUCAUUUUUCUCUCUAGACCUGAAAACAUUCAAGAGAUAAAUGUGCUCAAAGUUGACCUAUUUUGCAUACCUCACCAUACCAUGAGACAUCCAUGUCAUCAUCACUGGAAAAGAUAACCGGUUAAGAUUGACAACCCUGUUUGUACGUUUUUAAAUUAUAGCAAACUAUUUGAAAAAUUCUAUAUAAAAAAUGUUUUACAUUAAAUGUAAACUAUGAUAUUUUUUUUUCUUUCAUAUUUGCAUAUGUUUUAGCUUUGACCCUAUUUUACAUAAUCUGGGGGUUUUGUGUUGUGCCCGCCAUCGUUUGAGACACGACAUGCUCUUGAAUACAGGGUGGGUGUCAUGUUUUGGCUGAUAAAUGUACUAAAAUGGGAAUCAAAUAGAAAUAUCUACUUUCAAAUGGUACCACAAAGAUGGUCCACACAUCAGAGAAUGUUUGAAUGGGAAUAUCUGUUCUAAAUUAUACUGUCAAUCCUCCAUAGGAAACUUUUUGAAAUCAUACAAAUGCUGUACAGUUCCUUCAUGAAGUAUUCAUACCCCUUGACUUAUUCCACAUUUUGUUACAGCCUGAAUUCUAAAUGAUUUAAAUGAAGAAAAAAAAUUUUCUCACCCAUCUACACACAAUACCCCAUAAUGACAAAGUGAAAACAUGUUUUUAUAAUUUUUUUGAAAAUGAAAUAAAGAAAUCCCAAUUAUAUACAGUACCAGUCAAAAGUUUGGACACCUACUCAUUCAAGGGGUUUUCUUAAUUUUUACAAUUUUCUACAUUGUAGAAUAAUAGUGAAGACAUAAACUAUGAAAUAACACACAUGGAAUCAUGUUGUAACCAAAAAAGUGUUAACAAAUCAAAAUAUAUUUUAUAUUUGAGAUUCUUCAAAUAGCCAACCUUUGCCUUGAUGACACCUUUGCAUACUCUUGGCAUUCUCUCAACCAGUUUCAUGAGGUAGUCACCUGGAAUUCAUUUCAAUUAACAGGUUUGCCUUCUUAAAAAGUUAAUUUGUGGAAUUUCCUUGGCUGAGUCUCUACAGCACUUCACCAAUCUGGGCUUUAUGGAAGAAUGGCCAAAGGAAAGCCACUCCUAAGAACAGGGCACAUGACAGCACGCCUGGUGUUUGCAAAAAGCCAUGUGAUAGACAGAGCUUCAGGCAAAAUAUUCAGUGGUCUGAUGAGACAAAAAUUGAAAUCUUUGGCCUGAAAAAAAUAUGAUCAAUGGCUUAUGAAAUCUGACAUGUAUAAUAGACGUUUUCGCAAUCUAAAAGUCUCAUUCCUUUUAACAUCCAGUGAAGUGAGCGGCUUUAUCUUAAUGCUACGUCAUACCGACCAAGUUUCUGCCUGCUAGAACGGGAAUAUCUCAGAUACACAUGAAUUGACCCAGGGAACAUCACUCAGAGAUGCACAAAAACAAUAUAACAUUCAAAAUGGGUGAAUCUUUACUUGAACACGCAUGGACCCAUAACUUAAUUGAGCGUCUGACCAAUUACACAAGACACUAGUUCUGGGUUAACCGAGAUUACAUAAUAUGAACGCAUGGCUUCCUCCUCCCUUGUUUAGCAUAUACAGUGCCUUCAGAAACUAUUCACACUCAUUGAAUUUUUCCACGUUUUGUUGUUACAGCCUGAAUUUAAAAUAGAUUAAAUAGAGAUUUUUUUGUCACUGGCCUACACACAAUACACCAUAAUGUCAAAGUGGAAUUAUGUUUUUAGAAAUGUUUACAAAUGAAUUAAAUAAAAAACUGAAAUGUCUUGUAAAUAAGUAUUCAACCCCUUUGUUAUGGCAAGCCUAAGUAAGUUCAGUAGUAAAAAUGUGCUUAAGUUGCAUGGACUCACUGUGUUCAGUAAUAAUCACUACAAAGAUACAGGCGUCCUUCCUAACUCCAUUGCUGGAGAGGAAGGAAACAGCUCCGGGAUAUCACCAUGUGGCCAAUGGUGACUUUAAUACAGUUACAGAGUUGAAUGGCUGUGAUGGGACAAAACAACUGAGGAUGGAUCAACAACAUGGUAGUUACUCCACAAUACUAACCUAAUUGACAGAAUGAAAAGAAGAGACCCUGCACAGAAUAAAAAAUAUUCCAAAACAUACAUCCUGUUUGCAACAAGGCAUUAAAGUAAUACUGCAAAACAUGUGGCAAAGCAGAAAACGUAUUGUCCUGAAUACAAAGUGUUAUGUUUGAGGCAAAUCCUGUAGAACAUAUUACUGAGUACCACUCUCCUUAUUUUCAUGCGUAGUGGUGGCUGCGUCAUGUUAUGGGUAUACUUGUAAUCGUUAAGGACUGGGGAGUUUUUCAGGAUAAAAAAGAAAUGGAAUGGAGCUAAGCACAGGCAAAAUCCUAGAGGAAAACCUGGUUCAGUCUGAUUUCCACCAGACACUGGGAGAUGAAUUUGCCUUUCAGCAGGCCAAUAACCUAAAAGGCCAAAUCUACAGUGGAGUUGUUUACCAAGAAGACAGUGAAUGUUCCUGAGUAGCCGAGUUAGUUUUGACUUAAAUCUACUUGAAAAUCUAUGGCAAGUCCUGAAAAUGGUUGUCUAGCAAUGAUCAACAACCAAUUUGACAGUGCUUGAAGAAUUUUGAAAAGAAUAAUGGACAAAUGUUGCACAAACCAGGUGUGGAAAGCUCUUAGAGACUUACCCAGAAAGACUCACAGCUGUGAUCGCUGCCAAAGGUGCUUCUAAAAAGUAUUUACUCAGGGGUGUGAAUACUUAUGUAAUUGAGAUAUUUCUGUAUUUCGUUUUCAAUAAAUGUGCAAACAUUUCUAACAGUUUUCACUUUGUCAUUAUGGGGUAUUGUGUGUGUGAGAAAAUAAAUCAAUUUAAUCCAUUUUGAGUUUUGGCUGUAUCACAACAUGUGGAAUAAGUCAAGGGGUAUGAAUGCUUUCUGAAGGCACUGUAGACGAUAACAUUGAUUACCCUAUGACUUAAUAUUUUGGAUGAAUAUUCCAUACUUUUGAGAAAGAUAUUCAGAACUUGAGAAAACAAUCAACAGAAAUUGAGUAGAAUCAAGAAUUUCUACAUCUGAAUUUGACAUGGGAAAUGGUUGUAGGUAAUUCUCAAUGCAUUAUAAUCAUUGUCCACACCCGGCGGUUUAUGAAAAGCUUGUGGAGAAUGUUCCAUGGUCUCUGUAACACAUUGUGAGCAUUUAUAGCUGUCAGGACCUGGUGUUAUAAAACACGAAGAUUACUUUGACUCCCCAUUCAUCCACUAGAGACCUUUUUAAGUGUGAUCUCUUUUUCUGCUCAGAUAUCUUUAGUAGUCUCCCAUUUCAGUAUAUUUAACCUUUUGGAGAAAUGCUCAAUGUUCUGGUCUUUGUUGAUGUGGAUAAACGGGUCUAAUCCGUUAGUGUGAGAAUCCUCUCCCCUGGGCUCUGUCUUUCUGUUGCUAGACUACAGCCAAUGGACAGAUACCGCCGCCAUGACAACACAAAACCAUUAGUCAUAACCAUCUGCAUACACAAUGAGGGACAAGGCCCUGAAAUCCAAUCAGAGGUGUCAGGGAGCUGUUGCUGUGGUAAUAUGGCUGUGACACGGCAGCAGCAGAUGCGGUUGGCGAGGGGGAGAGCGAGAGAGAGAGAGAGAGAGAGAGAGAGAGAGUAAGUCAGCGUUUAUGGGUUCUGAAACAUCUCAGAACAUGAGGAGGGGAAUGCGUUGUCUUAUAUGCUGCAUUUACACAGGCAGCUGAAUUCAGAACUUUUUCGGCCAAUCACAUCAGAUCUUUUUCAGCGCUGAUCUGAUUAUUCAAGACCAAUUAGUGAAAGAUGAUAUACAAAUUGAGCUGCCUCUGUAAACGCAACCGAAGACACACAGAAUAUCUAUUAGGAAUCAUUCCUAUUCUCAGUUACAGUGCAUUUGGAAAGUAUUCAGAGCCCUUGACUUUUUCCACAUUUUGUUACGUUACAGCCUUAUACUAAAAUUGAUUAUAUAAAACAUUCUCAAUCAUCUACACAAUACCCCAUAAUGACAAUGGCAAAUUUAUUUAAAAAACAGAAAUACCUUAUUUACAUAAUUAUUCAGACCUUUUGCUAUUAGACUCGAAAUUGAGCUCGGCUGCAUCCUGUUUCCAUUGAUCAUCUUUGAGAUGUUUCUACAGCUUGAUUGGAGUCCACCUGGGGUAAGUUCAAUUCAUUGGACAUGAUUUGGAAAGGCACACACCUGUCUAUAAAGGUCCCACAGUUGACCGUGCAUGUCAGAGCAAAAACCAAGCCGUGAGGUCAAUGGUAUUGUCCAUAGAGCUCCGAGACAGGAUUGUGUCGAGGCACAGAUCUGGGGAAAGGUCCCCAAGAACACAAUGGCCUCCAUUAUUCUUAAAUGGAAGAAGAUUGGAACCACCAAGAAUCUCCCUAGAGCUGUCAGCCCGGCCAAACUGCGCAAUCGAGGUAGAAGGGCCUUGCUCAGGGAGGUGACCAAGAACCCGAUGGUCACUUUGACAGAGCUCCAGAAUUCCUCUGUGGAGAUCGGAGAACCUUCCAGAAGGACAACCAUCUCUGCAGCACUCCACCAAUCAGGCCUUUAUAGUAGAGUGGCCAGACGGAAGCCACUCCUCAGUAAAAGGCACAUGACAGCCCGCGUGGAGUUUGCCAAAAGGCACCUAAAGGACUCUCAGUCCAUGAGAAACAAGUUUCUCUGGUCUGAUGAAACCAAGAUUGAACACUUUGGCCUGAAUGCCAAGCGCCACGUCUGGAGGAAACCUGGCACCAUCCCUACGGUGAAGCAUGGGGGUGGCAGCAUCAUGCGGUGGGGAUGUUUUUCAGCGGCAGGGACUGGGAGACUAAUCAGGAUUGAGGGAAAUAUGAAUGGAGCAAAGUACAGAGAGAUCCUUGAUGGUAAACCUGCUCCAGCGCGCUCAGGACCUCGGACUGGGGCGAAGGUUCACCGUCCAACAGGACAACAACCCUAAGCUAACAGCCAAGACAACGCAGGAGUGGCUUGGGGACAAGUCUCUGAAUGUCCUUGAGUGGCCCAGCCAGAGCUCAGACUUGAACCUGAUCUAACAUCUCUGGAGAGACCUGAAAAUAGCUGUGCAGUGACGCCCCCCAUCCAACCUGACAGAGCUUGAGAGGAUCUGCAGAGAAGAAUGGGAGAAACUCCCCAAAUACAGGUGUGCCAAGCUUGUAGCAUCAUACCCAAGAAGAGGCUGUAAUCGCUGCCAAAGGUGCUGAAUACUUACAGUGGGGAAAAAAAGUAUUUAGUCAGCCACCAAUUGUGCAAGUUCUCCUACUUAAAAAGAUGAGAGAGGCCUGUAAUUUUCAUCAUAGGUACACGUCAACUAUGACAGACAAAAUGAGGAAAAAAAAUCCAGAAAAUCACAUUGUAGGAUUUUUUAUGAAUUUAUUUGCAAAUUAUGGUGGAAAAUAAGUAUUUGGUCAAUAACAAAACUUUCUCAAUACUUUGUUAUAUACCCUUUGUUGGCAAUGACACAGGUCAAACGUUUUCUGUAAGUCUUCACAAGGUUUUCACACACUGUUGCUGGUAUUUUGGUCCAUUCCUCCAUGCAGAUCUCCUCUAGAGCAGUGAUGUUUUGGGGCUGUUGCUGGGCAACACAGACUUUCAACUCCCUCCAAAGAUUUUCUAUGGGGUUGAGAUCAGGAGACUGGGUAGGCCACUCCAGGACCUUGAAAUGCUUCUUACGAAGCCACUCCUUCGUUGCCCGGGCGGUGUGUUUGGGAUCAUUGUCAUGCUGAAAGACCCAGCCACGUUUCAUCUUCAAUGCCCUUGCUGAUGGAAGGAGGUUUUCACUCAAAAUCUCACGAUACAUGGCCCCAUUCAUUCUUUCCUUUACACGGAUCAGUCGUCCUGGUCCCUUUGCAGAAAAACAGCCCCAAAGCAUGACGUUUCCACCCCCAUACUUCACAGUAGGAAUGGUGUUCUUUGGAUGCAACUCAGCAUUCUUUGUCCUCCAAACACGACGAGUUGAGUUUUUACCAAAAAGUUCUAUUUUGGUUUCAUCUGACCAUAUGACAUUCUCCCAAUCCUAUUCUGGAUCAUCCAAAUGCACUCUAGCAAACUUCAGACGGGCCUGGACAUGUACUGGCUUAAGCAGGCGGACACGUCUCGCACUGCAGGAUUUGAGUCCCUGGCGGCGUAGUGUGUUACUGAUGGUAGGCUUUGUUACUUUGGUCCCAGCUCUCUGCAGGUCAUUCACUAGGUCCCCCCGUGUGGUUCUGGGAUUUUUGCUCACCGUUCUUGUGAUCAUUUUGACCCUACGGGGUGAGAUCUUGCGUGGAGCCCCAGAUCGAGGGAGAUUAUCAGUGGUCUUGUAUGUCUUCCAUUUCCUAAUAAUUGCUCCCACAGUUGAUUUCUUCAAACCAAGCUGCUUACCUAUUGCAGAUUCAGUCUUCCCAGCCUGGUGCAGGUCUACAAUUUUGUUUCUGGUGUCCUUUGUCAGCUCUUUGGUCUAGGCCAUAGUGGAGUUUGGAGUGUGACUGUUUGAGGUUGUGGACAGGUGUCUUUUAUACUGAUAACAAGUUCAAACAGAUGCCAUUAAUACAGGUAACGAGUGGAGGACAGAGGAGCCUCUUAAAGAAGAAGUUACAGGUCUGUGAGAGCCAGAAAUCUUGCUUGUUUGUAGGUGACCAAAUACUUAUUUUCCACCAUAAUUUGCAAAUAAAUUCAUAAAAAAUCCUACAAUGUGAUUUUCUGGAUUUUUUUUUCUCAAUUUGUCUUUCAUAGUUGACGUGUACCUAUGAUGAAAUUUACAGGCCUCUCUCAUCUUUUUAAGUGGGAGAACUUGCACAAAUAGUGGCUGACUAAAUACUUUUUUUCCCCACUGUAUGUAAAUGUGACGUUUCAGUUUUUUCUUUGUAAUAAGUUUGCAAACAUUUAUGAAAACCAGUUUUUGCUUUGUCAUUAUGGGGUAUUGUGUGUAAAACAAUUUAAUCAAUUUUAGAAUAAGGCUGUAACUUAACAAAAUGUGGAGAAAGUCCGUUUCUGAAUACUUUCCGACUGCGCUGUAGGUUACCCCACCGAGUCUCUCUCUCCUUGCAAUUAUGACAUUAAACAUAGGGCACGGAACAAUUUUCAACCAAGGUGGUGAAUGGUGUGAUCUAUCUUUAGAUCUUUAUGGAACAUCUUGUACAAUGUAAUCUAGCUCCCACCAUAUUAGCAGCAGGCUCUGCACCGACUGCAGUGUCAACAUCUAACGUUAGGUACAUUUCAAGGGAUGUCAACUCAACUGAUUCAGUUGAGACCUAUUGCUAUUCGUGGAACAGCCAUCCUGGCUGAAAAUGUACAGCAGCAAGCACUAAUUGGUAAUUGUAACAGAUGUCUUGGUGUUUAUAGUCUCCCUGUGUACAUAGAAAACAUCUGAGCCCACAUGACCUGUCCUGCAUAAGAGAUGCUUUGUUUGCAGACUGUCUAUAUACAGUCGGGUCAAAUUAUUGGCACCAUUUGAUAAAGAUGUAAAAAGAAAAAGGAAAAAAAAAAGACUAUAAAAUAAAUAAUAGAAAUACUGAGUUAUAUUGUAUGCAAUUUUGUUUUAUUAUUUGAUACUAAUACAUUUGAUCAGAUAAAUAUUUUGUUGAACAACUAAUAUAUUUUCUCUCCAAAAGAUGGGGGUCAACAUUUGGUACCCCUGUUUUCAAUACCUCACCUUGUGAGAAUAACUGCACUGACCCUUUUUCUCAAAUGUUUUAUGAGAUUGGAGAACACAUUGGGAGGAAUCUUAGCCCAUUCCUCCAUACAGAAUCUUUCCAGAUCCUUAAUAUACACUGCUCAAAAAAAUAAAGGGAACACUUAAACAACACAAUGUAACUCCAAGUCAAUCACACUUCUGUGAAAUCAAACUGUCCACUUAGGAAGCAACACUGAUUGACAAUACAUUUCACGUGCUGUUGUGCAAAUGGAAUAGACAACAAGUGGAAAUUGGAGGCAAUUAGCAAGACACCCCCAAUAAAGGACUGGUUUUGCAGGUGGUGACCACAGACCACUUCUCAGUUCCUAUGCUUCCUGGCUGAUGUUUUGGUCACUUUUGAAUGCUGGCGGUGCUUUCACUCUAGUGGUAGCAUGAGACGGAGUCUACAGCCCACACAAGUGGCUCAGGUAGUGCAGCUCAUCCAGGAUGGCACAUCAAUGCGAGCUGUGGCAAGAAGGUUUGCUGUGUCUGUCAGCGUAGUGUCCAGAGCAUGGAGGCGCUACCAGGGGACAGGCCAGUAUAUCAGGAGACGUGGAGGAGGCCGUAGGAGGGCAACAACCCAGCAGCAGGACCGCUACCUCCGCCUUUGUGCAAGGAGGAGCAGGAGGAGCACUGCCAGAGCCCUGCAAAAUGACCUCCAGCAGGCCACAAAUGUGCAUGUGUCUGCUCAAACGGUCAGAAACAGACUCCAUGAGGGUGGUAUGAGGGCGUCCGACGUCCACAGGUGGGGGUUGUGCUUACAGCCCAACACCGUGCAGGAUGUUUGGCAUUUGCCAGAGAACACCAAGAUUGGCAAAUUCGCCACUGGCGCCCUGUGCUCUUCACAGAUGAAAGCAGGUUCACACUGAGCACAUGUGACAGACGUGACAGAGUCUGGAGACGCCGUGGAGAACGUUCUGCUGCCUGCAACAUCCUCCAGCAUGACCGGUUUGGCGGUGGGUCAGUCAUGGUGUGGGGUGGCAUUUCUUUGGGAGGGCCGCACAGCCCUCCAUGUGCUCGCCAGAGGUAGCCUGACUGCCAUUAGGUACCGAGAUGAGAUCCUCAGACCCCUUGUGAGACCAUAUGCUGGUGCGGUUGGCCCUGGGUUUCUCCUAAUGCAAGACAAUGCUAGACCUCAUGUGGCUGGAGUGUGUCAGCAGUUCCUGCAAGAGGAAGGCAUUGAUGCUAUGGACUGGCCCGCCCGUUCCCCAGACCUGAAUCCAAUUGAGCACAUCUGGGACAUCAUGUCUCGCUCCAUCCACCAACGCCACGUUGCACCACAGACUGUCCAGGAGUUGGCAGAUGCUUUAGUCCAGGUCUGGGAGGAGAUCCCUCAGGAGACCAUCUGCCACCUCAUCAGGAGCAUGCCCAGGCGUUGUAGGGAGGUCAUACAGGCACGUGGAGGCCACACACACUACUGAGCCUCAUUUUGACUUGUUUUAAGGACAUUACAUCAAAGUUGGAUCAGCCUGUAGUGUGGUUUUCCACUUUAAUUUUGAGGGUGACUCCAAAUCCAGACCUCCUUGGGUUGAUACAUUUGAUUUCCAUUGAUAAUUUGUGUGAUUUUGUUGUCAGCACAUUCAACUACCGGUAUGUAAAGAAAAAAGUAUUUCAUAAGAUUAUUUCAUUCAUUCAGAUCUAGGAUGUGUUAUUUUAGUGUUCCCUUUAUUUUUUUGAGCAGUGUAUUUUGUCUGCACUUAUGGGACUGCCCUCUUCAAUUCAUACCACAGGUUUUCAAUGGCAUUCAAGUCCGGAGACUGAGAUGGCCAUUGCAAAAUGUACAUUUUGUGGUCAAUUAACCAUUUAUUUGUAGAUUUUGAUAUGUGCUUGGGUUUAUUGUCUUGCUGGAAGAUCUACUUCCGUUUCAGCUUCCUUGCAAGGCAUCCAAGUUUUUGGCAAAAAUAUCCUGGUACUGGGUAAAAUUCAUUAUGCGGUUGACCUUCACUGGUCCUGGGGCCAUUGUUGAGGCAAAAUAGCCCCAUAACAUCAAAGAUCCACCACCAUAUUUUAGAGUAGGGAUGAGGUAUUUUCUGCAUAUGCAUUGUUUUUUCGAAAGCCAAACCCACCGCUGGUGUGCAUUGACAAAUACCUUUUUAUUUUCAUGUCAUAUGGCCUCUGAGCAUAUAAUAUACUUCAGUAUUUCUAUUAUUUAUUUCAUACUUUUUUGCUCAUCUUCAUCAAGGGAUCCAAUAAUUCCGGACCCCACUGUACAGUCGUGGUCAAAGGUUUUGAGAAUGACACAAGUAUUGGUCUCCACAAAGUUCGCUGCUUCAGUGUUAUGAGAUAUUUUUGUCCGAUGUUACUAUGGUAUACUGAAGUAUAAUUACAAUCAUUCCAUAAAUGUCAAAGGCUUUUAUUGACAAUUACAUUACGUUUAUGCAAAGAGUCAAUAUUUGCAAUGUUGACCCUUCUUUUUCAAGACCUCUGCAAUCCGCCCUGGCAUGCUGUCAAUUAACUUCUGGGCCACAUCCUGACUGAUGGCAGCCCAUUCUUGCAUAAUCAAUGCUUGGAGUUUGUCAGAAUUUGUGGGUUUUUGUUUGUCCACCUGUCUCUUGAGGAUCAACCACAAGUUCUCAAUGGGAUUAAGGUCUGGGGGAGUUUCCUGGCCAUGGACCCAAAAUGUCGAUGUUUUGUUCCCCGAGCCACUUAGUUAUCACUUAUUUAUGCCCCAAACAAUCGGAAAGGGGAUUCAUCAGAGAAAAUGACUUUACCCCAGUCCUCAGCAGUCCAAUCCCUGUACCUUUUGCAGAAUAUCAGUCUGUCCCUGAUGUUUUUCCUGGAGAGAAGUGGCUUCUUUGCUGCCCUUCUUGACACCAGGCCAUCCUCCAAAAGUCUUCGCCUCACUGUGCGUGCAGAUGCACUCACACCUGCCUGCUGCCAUUCCUGAGCAAGCUCUGCACUGGUGGUGCCCCGAUCCCGCAACUGAAUCAACUUUAGGAGAAGGUCCUGGCGCUUGCUGGACUUUCUUGGGCGCCCUGACGCCUUCUUCACAACAAUUGAACCUCUCUCCUUGAAGUUCUUGAUGAUCCGAUAAAUGGUUGAUUGAGGUGCAAUCUUACUAACAGCAAUAUCCUUGCCUGUGAAGCCCUUUUUGUGCAAAGCAAUGAUGACUGCACGUGUUUCCUUGCAGGUAACCAUAGUUAACAGAGGAAGAACAAUGAUUUCAAGCACCACCCUCCUUUUAAAGCUUCCAGUCUGUUAUUCUAACUCAAUCAGCAUGACAGAGUGAUAUCCAGCCUUGUCCUCGUCAACACUCACCUGUGUUAACGAGAGAAUCACUGACAUGAUGGCAGCUGGUCCUUUUGUGGCAGGGCUGAAAUGCAGUGGAAAUGUUUUUUUGGGAUUAAGUUCAUUUUCAUGGCAAACAGGGACUUUGCAAUUUAAAUGCAAUUCAUCUGAUCACUCUUCAUGACAUUCUGGAGUAUAUGCAAAUUGCCAUCAUCAAAACUGAGGCAGCAGACUUUGUGAAAAUUAGUAUUUGUGUCAUUCUCAAAACUUUUGACCUCGACUGUAUAGGGCUGUCGAUUGGUCGAAAUGUUUAAAUGUGGAUUUUUCCAAAUAUAGACAGUAAAAUCUGAAGAUCUCGUACAACGCUGUGUACUACUCCCUUCACAGAAUAGAAAGAGGAGUGGGAGUGAUUCUAAUGAUCAGUUAGCCUUUUUAAAAUGAUAAACUUGGAUUAGUGAACACAACGUGCCAUUGGAACACAGGACUGAUGGUUGCUGAUAAUGGGCCUCUGUACGCCUAUGUAGAUAUUCCAUAAAAAAUCAGCUGUGUUAAACAAAUCAAAAUAUAUUUUAUUUUUGAGAUUCUUCAAAGUAGCCUCCCUUUGCCUUGAUGACAGCUUUGCACACUGAUGACAGCUUCAUGAUGUAGUCACCUGGAAUGCAUUUCAAUUAACAGGUGUGCCUUGUUAAUUUGUGGAAUAUCUUUCCUUCUUAAUGUGUUUGAGCCAAUCAGUUGUUGUGACAAGGUAGGGGUGGUAUUAUAAUAAUAAUAAUAAUAAUAAUAAUAUGAUGAUGAUAAUAUGCCAUUCAGCAGACGCUUUUAUCCAAAGCGACUUACAGUCAUGCGUGCAUACAUUUUUGUGUAUGGGUGGUCCCGGGGAUAGAACCCACUACCCUGGCGUUACAAGCGCCAUGCUCUACCAGCUGAGCUACAGAGGACCACAGAAGAUAGCCCUAUUUGCUAAAAGACGAAGUCCAUAUUAUGGCAGAAACAGCUCAAAUAAGCAAAGGGAAACGACAGUCCAUCAUUACUUUAAGACAUGAAGGUAAGUCAAUUUGGAAAAUUUCAAGAACAUUUAAAGUUUCUUCAAGUGCAGUCGCAAAAAACAUCAAGCACUAUGAUGAAACUGGCUCUUAUGAGGACCGCCACAGGAAAGGAAGACCCAGAGUUACCUCUGCUGCAGAGGAUAAGUUCAUUAGACUUAACUGCACCUCAGAUUGCAGCCCAAAUAAAUGCUAAACAGAGUUCAAGUAACACAUCUCAACAUCAACUGUUCAGAGGAGACUGCGUGAUUCAGGCCUUCAUGGUCGAAUUGCUGCAAAUAAACCACUACUAAAGGACACCAAUAAGAAGAAGAGACUUGCUUGGGCCAAGAAACACGAGCUAUGGUCUGAUGAGUUCAAAUUUGAGAUUUCUGGUUCCAACCACUGUGUCUUUGUGAGACGCAGAGUAGGUGAACGGAUGAUCUCCGCAUGUGUGGUUCCCACGAUGAAGCAUGGAGGAGGUGGUGUGAUGGUGUGGGCUGCUUUGCUGGUGACACUGUCUGUGAUUUAUUUACAAUUCAAGGCACACUUAACAAGCAUGGCUACCACAGCAUUCUGCAGCAAUACGCCAUCCCAUCUGGUUUGGGCUUAGUGGGACUAUCAUUUGUUUUUCAACAGGACAAUAACCCAACACACCUCCAGGCUGUGUAAGGGCUAUUUGACCAAGAUGGAGAGUGAUGGAGUGCUGCAUCAGAUGACCUGGCCUCCACAAUCAACCCAAUUGAGAUGGUUUGGGAUGAGUUGGACCGCAGAGUGAAGGAAAAGCAGCCAACAAGUGCUCAGCAUAUGUGGGAGCUCCUUCAAGACUGUUGGAAAUGCAUUCCUCAUGAAGCUGGUUGAGAAAAUGCCAAGUGUGCAAAGCUGCCAUCAAGGCAAAGGGUGGCUACUUUGAAGAAUCUAAAGUAUAUAAAAUAUAUUUUGAUUUGUUUGAACACUUUUUUUUUUGGUUACUACAUUUUUUGAUUCCAUAUGUGUUAUUUCAUAGUUUUGAUGUCUUCACUAUUAUUCUACAAUGUAGAGAGUAGUAAAAAUAAAAACCCUUGAAUGAGUAGGUGUGUCCAAACUUUUGACUGGGAAGAUAUAUAUUUCUAUAUAUAUUGUAUUUAUUCAUUUGCUACUGCUCGACUAAAAAAAAUCUUGGUCGACCAACAGCCUAUCGACCAAACAAUCGACCAGUCGACUAAUUGGGGUCAGCCCUACCACUGUAUUACAUGUUGUUGUCUGGGUGGCACAGUUUGUAGUGGUAAUGCUCAGUCAGUGUGUCCUGUCAGAGGUGUCAUGUAUGAUGAUACUUAAAACUCCUAGCCUACUUCUAUGAAAUGGCAGCUGUUGGAGUGGAGUGCCCCCCUUCUAAAAUGUCCCCGACCCUUCUCUCUCUCCUGCAGAUCACUGAGCUCCUGGACGAUGAGAAAUUAGAGGCGUGUGAGGAGCUGCCCCAGGACGGCGAGGGCGAGGAAGGCCCCCCCUCCGCAUCGGAAUCCCCCCAACACAGUAACACCCAGGUCACUCCCUCUUCA